CAGAAUGACACACGAGGGGAAAUUCAUGUCUGGAAAUUACAUUCGUAACGCGCAUGCGCAUUGACACCUACGUAUAUCAACGACAGCUGCAGUUUCGUUUUCACAUGCCUUCAGAACCACUUUACCUUAUGAUACUUAGCAUUGUUUGUUAUUACUAAUAGAUGGAGAGCACGGUUGAUAUAUCCUCUGAUAAACAAUUAAAGCAAUAUUUGGGCUUUCUCAGUAAGUGUAUGACUGGGAAUUUAGUUCAAAAGAUGUCCAACUACUUGUACCGAUCCCGCACAAUCACGGCGUAUGAAUCACAGGUUAUCACAUCGCAGGCCACGGACAUGCAGAAAUCCUCCAAGAUGAUGCAGAUUGUCAUUAAAAAAGGUCAAAGUGCAUGCGGCUCAUUCCUCAGAUGCCUCGGAAUUUGUGAUCCGGGGUUGUAUGAGAAAGUUACAGGAUAUCCAGCACAAUUUAGUCUUGAGGACCAUCAACAUAUAGAGGAAAUUCCUUUCUCAGAAAAAGUGCAAUUUAAACCUUGUAUCAUAAACAUACAAAACUCUUCCCUGACCAACUGCAUUAUUGGGAACAACAAUAGACAAUGCAUUACCUGUGACCAGCAUUCUUUGCUUGCUCAGAAUGAUGCAAUCAACGUGGAUGAAAUGGGAGACACUCAGAGCCAUGAUGACCUGAUCCCAGUGCAGGACACAAUAAGUGGCAACAGCAUACACAUGGAGAGAUCCACCAUAGAGUAUGUCAUUAUAGGGGAUGACAAUAGUAUGACCGUCAGUGAGUGUUUGAACUCGGAGGUUGAGGAGGAUACAGAGACCGAGCCUGAUGCGAUCGGUUAAAAGAUGUGAAAUAGCGACCAGGAGGGAAGACCCAGUGGGUGGAUGGGGGUGGCCGGGCCAGGCCCCCUCGUGGCGCUGACGCUCAGCUUACUCGGCCUGACCUAUGAUUGUACACUGAAAGCAUAAUAAAUGCUUUCGAUUGACCAGUGCUCAGGUGCUGAUCUGAUGCUGCCAAACGCACUGAUAUGUUAUCCUUUAUCAUGGAUUUUUCUAAACUGAUGUGCCUUGAAGUGGCCAUUAUAUUUGAUGCUGCCUUGAUUGCUACUGAAUAUGACUGUUACUGACUGUUUCUCAUGUUUUAAUGGGUAUAUUAAUAUUUAUUUGUUCAACGGAAAUGUUUUAAAAUAAAUUUGUUGACUGACAUUUCAAUAUUUUUUUAUGCAGUCUUUUUUAUAAGCUUUUCAUUAAUUUGUUAACUAAACAUUUAUUGACAUUAGGAUGGAUGUUCUCCUGAUGUUUCAAUAGUUAUUCUGUAAUAACUUCUCAGUGUAUUCCUGUAGUUCUGGUGAAUUUUUCUUGUGGGAAUGGCUAAUGAUUUUAUUUAUGUUACUAGGUGAUAAAGUCUGAGGUACUGUACAUAGGCAUUUUAUAUGAAGAAGGCAUGUAGCUGACACAUAUAUGACUUUGGAGUAAAAUUUUGAAAUAAAUGUAUUUGAAAUAAAGCAA